UCAGCGUGGCUACUUGCUACUGUUGUGUUUUGCUAACGCUGUUGCAAAGUGUUGAUAUUUUGACUGUUGAAAAUUAUAAUUCUUGAAUAUUGUGCAUCGUUGGAUCGGAAGUUUCUAAAAUUUAAUUCUAUGUACAAUUGAUUGUCAGGCUACAGAUUCAUACAUCAUGUCAGACGAUAGGAAUUUCUUUCACGGGUUUAACGCCAUAGGACGUGAUUUUUUUGUUCCAGAAGAAUUUCCAGACUCGGCGUUAGAUAAUUCCCCAGCUCAUCAAGUAAAGGUACCAAACUGGCUAGAAAAAAAACAAAAAAAAACUGUAAUUUUAUAGGUAACUACAGGGUGGAAAAAAUGCCUACUUGAAAAUACUGAAUCGAACUUCUUGUUAUGGGAUGGACACUGCUCAUAUCGAUUUGGAAGAUAAAAAUACAUACGUCCAACAACUGAUUCCAAGUUUAGAAGACAUGGCUACUCUUACAGCAACUUUAGAAACGUUGAAUUAUUACUACACGAAUCAAUGCUUUGUAAACUUCGAUCACUUUAAGUAUGUGAACGCAGUAUUCGAUAGUUUGAUGGUACAAAACCGCAUCAAAGAAAAAAUGAAAGCACUUUGUGCUGAGAUGGAAAAACAAGUGCGUUCUCUUAGUUCUGAUAUUCGGAAAUUGAGCAAUGUAUACGAAUACGGUUCGUACUUUUAUCUCUAUGGACUGAUUUGGGACUCGAAUGGCCACAUUGACGACAAGAAAACGAUAGAGAAAGCUUUAUCGCGUUCGAGACAUUUGAAUGAUGACGAUUUCGUAUUCGAAAUAAUAACUAAAUACUGUUUAGUGAAUUAUAUAAUGGAUUUUCCUCUGGAUUCAUUGAGUGAAAAGUUCAUCAGAACCGUGGAAGAAAAAAGAUUUCGCGAACAUCAACUAACAUAUUAUUGGAUAAAAUGUAAAACAAGGAUUACUCUUGAUAGAUCGGACGCAAACUACUAUCAGUAUGAAUUUGCUUUGUCUGACGUGCUUCGUUCGUUGAAACGGGGUUUCAGCAUUGAUUAUCAAUAUCAAUUUUCUGCGUACGAGUACUUCUGGGAUUUUUUCGAUGAAAACGAUCAAGUCGAAAUGACCAUGAAUUUAAUUCGGAACGAUAAUUACAAAAGAUACCAGAAGAUUAUAUUUUCAAAAUUGAAUAAAAACCAGCUCAAGCGUUUGUAUUCUGAAGCCCCUCUUAACAUUUUUGUCAACUUUUUGUCUUUGGGAGAAUUCAUGACAGCGAUGGCGACUUGGAAUCGUAUAAAAUUCACGAUUGAAGGAGAGAAAUUCGACCUUCUACUUAAACAAAUCUGGAAUGAUCAAAAACCAGAUGAAGGAAGCCGCAUCCGAUUUACGAUUUAUUUAUGGGACACUGCACCUCAGAAUUUAAUCGAGUACAUGAUAAACGUGAAAAAUUUUCAAAUUACAGACAAAUUUUUGAAAGGCAGACCUAUGCUUGAUAGUUCCAGUAGGUGUAAAUUUCUGAAUGCUGUUUUAUCUCGAGCAACGCCCGAAUUCAAACGGAAAUUUUUGCUUCAAGCUGGACCAUGUUUAGCAUUGAACCAUCCGGACGCGUUCAUUUCAUUGACUAAUCAUUGUCUGAACGAAACUGACAGUGUGACAGUCAGGGAACAUUUACUUAUUGGUGCAAUGGAGUCGAGUCCACCAGCUGGAAUUAUGCACCGUUUUCGAGAUUUAUUUUUUUACUCGAGACUUGAAGAAUUUAACAAUUUCCUCGAGUUAUUUACUUUGAAACCAACUUUACAAGCACAAUUCAAGGAGUGUUUGUUACGAUCUAAAUUACUAAUCACCAAAGCACUGUGGAAAGUUGAUAUUUCGGAAAAAUUGUCUCAAUUUAUAGACAAGUUGUAUCCGAACCGUGAAGUAGCUCGAUAUCGAAAGAGGAAUGCUGUUUUUACUUUUUUGCAGAUUCACUGCACUUACCGCGAUUGUUAUCGACCAAAUGGUGAUGAAAAGUUUACCGAAAUUGAUAAUCUCUUGAAUCAAGUCCUUACCCCUCGAGAAGUAAUCACUGCCAAAGAAAAUAUAGCCAAUCGUUUUCUAGAAACAUGUCGAUCUGGUUUCGUCAGAUCUUUGAAAAGAAUGAAUAUGCAGAGAUUUGCUACGUGGUGUUAUUGCGACGAUGAAGAAAACGUAAAGGGAUUCAGACGUUCGCUUCCAAUUGAUAAAUUAUUUCAUCCCCUUAUGAAUGAAAUAGUUGCACGAUACGUUAAUAGUAGAGAUACAAAGUUAUCGUUUUCUUCGUUAGACGAACUCUUACGUUGGAAAUUUUCGUCGAAAAGAAGAAAAAUUAAAAAAUUCAAGUCUCGUAAAAUAAACAAAAUUAUAAAAGGAGAGGUAAAAGAAAAAAAGUUGAAGAAGACGAGCAUAUAUCCGUCUGUCUUGGAGAAAGUUAUUGAAUGGGGUUUCCAAGGUGAUAAACGUCAGAUUCGAGAAUUUGAGCAACGUUACUCUAAAACGGAUAUGAUGAAGAUUAUUCACUGGAUGGGUUUUUUGGAAGAGAACUACUGCUGCCCAGAGUACUUUGGUCAUACUAGUGAUGAAUCAGAUAGUGGAAGGCGCCAUCGUCGUAUUCGUAACUACAACUGGUAUAUGUAAGAAUUAUGUAUAGGUACCUACUAAGUAUGUAUUAUUUUACUGACAUCGAGUUUGAUGUGUUUGAUGAGUUUGACAAUGAAAUCCAUCAUAGCAUGACCGAAGAGUCUGACUAAUACGAAUGUUUCUUAUUAAAUUUAUAGAAUUUAUAUUGCUCCUGCAUUUUUUACUCACCAUAA